AACGCUAGAUUCAUAUCAUUGUCACAGACUGAUCAAUGCAGUGGCCAUGACGUUAUUAAUUGACUACAAAGUUACAACCCAUGGCAGGAAAAUCAUUUUCCCUUUAUGUAAAAGUAUGAUAGUACAAGAUUAUUGAGUGUAAAGGCCCAAAUCAAAAGCUAAGGCCCAAACUCUACACCUUGUAAAACCCUCGAUCCCUGGAAACGGAAGAAGGAAGCUCUUCACGAUCCAAACAAUGGCGGCGGCGGCGAAAGACAUCGCGACACGGCGAGCUGUGGCGGCGACGAUCAAGCUGACUGUCCCAGCUGGAGGAGCACGACCAGCAGCUCCUGUGGGCCCUGCGCUAGGUCAGUACAGGCUGAACCUGAUGGCGUUCUGCAAGGACUUCAACGCGAGGACUCAAAAGUACAAACCGGACACUCCGAUGGCCGUGAAGAUAACGGCGUACAAGGACAACUCGUUCGAGUUCACCGUCAAGUCUCCGUCCGUGUCGUGGUACAUCAAGAAAGCGGCGGGGGUGGAUAAAGGGAGCACGCGUCCGGGGCAUUUGACGGUGACGACGCUUUCCGUGAGACACGUGUACGAGAUCGCGAAGGUGAAGCAGACGGAUCCGUUUUGUCAGUAUAUGCCGUUGGAGUCGAUCUGCAAAUCUAUCAUUGGUACCGCUAACUCCAUGGGGAUCAAGAUUGUUCAGGAUUUGGAGUGAUUUAAAACGUUCAUUUCGAAAUGGUCUUUUUGUCUUGUCUAAUAAACAUGAAUGUCAGAUUGCUCUGUUUGGUUGCUUUGUUUCAGUAGACAAUUGAGUUACAAACACUUUGAUCGUGUGGUGUUUGGAUCGUUAAAGAGUAAUAAAGUUAGUUCCUUUAGCUUAAA